UCCCGAGUCGACUCAUAAACCUUGUUCAAAGCCGUUCUUAUCUUAAACCCUUUACACUGUCACUCUGUUUCAGGCUUUCAGCUUCAACAGCUACUCCUACUCCUCGCAAUGACUUCACUUUCUCUCCUAACCAAUGUUUCCCUCUACCCAAACAACUUCAUCCAAUUCCAGUCCCAACACAGACAGCAGAGGCUUACCUUUCCCAGAAAAAUAAAGAUCAUAUGCUCAGCCACGGAGCAACCAUCACAACAACACCCCCAGAAGAAGAAGAACGUGGCAGAGAGCAAGAAAGGGGUUGACCCAGUUGGCUUUCUUACCAAACUCGGAAUUUCCCAUAAAGCUUUCGCUCAUUUCCUCCGUGAAAGGCAUAAAGCGUUGAAGGACCUCCAAGAUGAAAUUUUCAACCGUCACGUCAAUCUCAGGGACAUGUCUUCUGGAUUUGAGAUAUUGGGCAUGCAUCGCCAUGUGGAGCACCGGGUUGAUUAUAUGGAUUGGGCUCCAGGUGCUCGCUAUUGUGCACUGGUUGGUGAUUUCAAUGGUUGGUCACCUCAAGAAAAUUGUGCAAGAGAGGGUCAUUUCGGCCAUGAUGAUUAUGGAUACUGGUUUGUUAUUCUUGAAGAUAAGUUGAGGGAGGGAGAAAAGCCGGAUGAACUCUAUUUUCAACAGUAUAACUAUGUUGAUGACUAUGAUAAAGGUGACAGUGGUGUUACCAUUGAAGAGAUCUUCAAGAAAGCAAAUGAUGAGUACUGGGAACCUGGAGAGGACCGAUUUGUUAAAAACCGGUUUGAGGUGCCAGCAAAGUUGUAUGAGCAAAUAUUUGGUCCUAAUGGACCGCAAUCUUUAGAGGAUCUGGAAGAAAUGAUGGGACAAAUGCCAGAUCCAGAAACAAGAUAUAAGGCAUGGAAAGAACAGCAUAAAAAUGACCCACCUAGUAACUUACCUCCUUUGGAUGUGAUUGAUAAUGAAAAAGAGUAUGACAUUUUUAAUGUGAUUAGUAGUCCUGAAUGGUUAAAGAAAAUUCGUUCUAAGAAGCCUCCCUUGGCAUACUGGAUAGAGACACGUAAAGGAAGGAAGGCAUGGAUGAAAAAGUACUCUCCAGGUAUUCCUCAUGGAAGCAAAUACAGGGUCUAUUUUAACACUCCUAGUGGACCAUUGGAACGAGUGCCAGCUUGGGCUACUUAUGUGCAACCAGAUUCAGAUGGAAAGCAGGCUUUUGCGAUCCACUGGGAACCACCCCCUGAAUCCGCAUACAAGUGGAAAUACACACACCCAAAAAAACCAAAGUCAUUGCGCAUAUAUGAAUCCCAUGUUGGAAUUUGUGGAUCAGAGCCAAAAAUAUCUUCUUUUAAUGAUUUUACAGAGAAGGUCCUUCCUCAUGUAAAAGAAGCUGGAUAUAAUGCAAUCCAGUUGAUUGGUGUUGUGGAGCACAAAGAUUAUUUUACUGUUGGUUAUCGAGUUACUAAUUUCUUUGCUGUUAGCAGUCGAUAUGGCACUCCUGAUGACUUCAAGCGCUUGGUUGAUGAAGCACAUGGACUAGGACUGCUGGUGUUCUUAGACAUUGUCCAUUCUUACUCAGCUGCCGAUGAGAUGGUUGGACUGUCACUAUUUGAUGGAUCAAAUGACUGCUACUUUCAUACUGGCAAACGAGGGCAUCACAAAUACUGGGGUACCAGAAUGUUCAAAUAUGGCGACCUUGAUGUGCUGCAUUUUCUUCUCUCAAAUCUGAACUGGUGGGUUGUGGAGUAUCAGAUUGAUGGUUUCCAGUUCCAUUCACUCUCAUCCAUGAUGUAUACGCACAAUGGUUUUGCUUCUUUUACUGGGGACUUGGAGGAGUACUGUAAUCAAUAUGUUGACAAGGAUGCAUUACUGUACCUCAUUUUGGCAAAUGAGAUCCUGCAUGCUCUUCACCCAAAUAUAGUAACAAUUGCUGAAGAUGCAACCUUUUAUCCCGGUUUGUGCGAGCCGACUUCUCAGGGUGGAUUGGGAUUUGAUUAUUAUGUUAAUCUUUCCGUGUCAGAGAUGUGGUCAUCUUUUCUCGAGGAUGUUCCUGACCAUGAAUGGAGCAUGAGCAAGAUAAUCAGCACAUUAAUGGGGAACAAACAAUAUGCAGAGAAGAUGCUUAUGUAUGCUGAAAAUCACAAUCAAUCAAUAUCUGGAGGGCGGUCGUUUGCAGAAAUAUUGUUUGGUGAAAUCAGGGAGCAUUCUCCUGGCUCAAAGGAAUCAUUGCUUAGAGGGUGUUCCUUACACAAAAUGAUCAGAUUGAUUACAUUUACGAUUGGUGGUCAUGCUUACCUGAACUUCAUGGGCAAUGAAUUUGGGCAUCCAAAGCGGGUCGAGUUCCCAAUGCCAAGCAACAAUUUCUCAUUUCAACUUGCUAACCGUCGUUGGGAUCUUUUGGCAAGUGGAGUGCACCGUGAUUUAUUUUCUUUCGAUAAGGACUUGAUGAAGUUUGAUGAAAACGAGAGAAUACUUUCAAGAGGUUUAUCGAAUGUUCACCAUGUUAAUGACACUAACAUGGUAAUCUCUUACAUGCGAGGUCCUCUUCUCUUCAUAUUCAAUUUUCAUCCAACAGAUUCUUAUGAAAGAUACAGCGUAGGUGUAGAGGAAGCUGGAGAGUAUCAAGUUAUAUUAAAUACUGAUGAAAUAAAGUAUGGAGGUCUAGGGCGCAUGAAGGACAACCAAUAUCUUCGAAGAACCAUUAGCAAAAGAGUUGAUGGCCUCCGAAACUGCUUAGAAGUGCCCCUGCCUAAUCGGACUGCCCAGGUUUACAAAUUAAAUCGGAUCUUAAGAAUAUGACCAGUUUUCUGUCUCAAAAAAGAAUUUAUGCAGCAGAUUUCCAAGGAUAAGCUAAUAUCAACUUCUCAUUCAGAAGGGAAGCACCAGACCUACCAAUUCUCCAUCUGUUUGUGGUUCUUUUUGGAGGUAUAGAAUAUUGGAAGCUUUGCUGCACUAAUAUCGGAUAUUGAUCUUAUAUCGGCCCAAGUUUACAAUUGGGUAGUUCUGAAUUCAAGAUGAGAUAAUAGAGUAUGAUAAUAGGAAGUUUGGAAUAUAAGUAGAGAAAGGCAUGUAAAGGGCUUAUUGUUGUUUUGGUUAGAAAAUUAAAUAUCCUCAAAGCCUUUUCAGUUUGUAAUGUAAAUCUUUUUUUGUUUU